AUGAGUGGCUUCCUCGCCUCCCUGGACCCCCGGCGAGUGCAGUGGGGGGCUGCCUGGUACGCCAUGCACUCCAGGAUCCUGCGCACCAAACCGGUGGAGUCCAUGCUAGAGGGAACUGGGGCCACCACAGCACAUGGCACCAAGCUAGCCCAGGUGCUCACCACCGUGGACCUCAUCUCGCUCGGAGUUGGCAGCUGCGUGGGCACUGGGAUGUACGUGGUAUCUGGCCUGGUGGCCAAGGAAAUGGCAGGACCCGGCGUCAUCGUGUCCUUCAUCAUUGCAGCCGUUGCAUCCAUACUGUCGGGUGUCUGCUAUGCAGAGUUUGGAGUCCGCGUCCCCAAGACCACCGGGUCGGCCUACACCUACAGCUAUGUCACCGUCGGGGAGUUUGUGGCGUUUUUCAUCGGCUGGAACCUGAUCCUGGAGUACCUGAUUGGCACCGCGGCCGGCGCCAGCGCUCUGAGCAGCAUGUUUGACUCACUGGCCAACCACACGGUCAGCCGCCGGAUGGCAGACAGCGUGGGGACCCUCAACGGCCUGGGGAAAGGAAAACAAUCAUACCCGGACCUUCUGGCUUUGGUGAUCGCAGUCAUCGUCACCAUCAUUGUCGCACUGGGGGUGAAGAAUUCUGUGGGCUUCAACAACGUACUCAAUGUGCUGAACCUGGCAGUGUGGGUGUUCAUCAUGAUUGCAGGCUUCUUCUUCAUCAAUGGGAAAUACUGGUCUGAGGGCCAGUUCUUGCCCCACGGCUGGUCAGGGGUGCUGCAAGGAGCAGCCACAUGUUUCUAUGCGUUCAUUGGCUUUGACAUCAUCGCCACCACUGGAGAGGAAGCCAAGAAUCCCAACACAUCCAUCCCUUAUGCUAUCACUGCCUCCCUGGUCAUCUGCCUGACAGCAUAUGUAUCUGUGAGCAUGAUCUUAACUCUGAUGGUGCCAUAUUACGCGAUUGACACGGAAUCCCCGCUCAUGGAGAUGUUUGUGGCUCGUGGGUUCUAUGCUGCAAAAUUCAUAGUGGCCAUCGGGUCGGUUGCAGGACUGACAGUCAGCUUGCUGGGCUCCCUCUUCCCAAUGCCAAGGAUCAUUUAUGCCAUGGCUGGCGAUGGGCUCCUUUUCAGGUUCCUGGCUCACGUGAGCUCCUACACAGAGACCCCAGUGGUGGCCUGCAUUGUGUCGGGGUUCCUGGCGGCUCUCCUCUCCCUAUUAGUCAGCCUGAGAGAUCUGAUUGAGAUGAUGUCCAUCGGCACCCUCCUCGCCUACACCUUGGUCUCUGUCUGCGUCUUGCUCCUUCGAUACCAACCAGAAAGUGACAUUGACGGGUUUGUCAAGUUUUUGUCUCAGGAGCACACAAAGAAGAAGGAGGGCAUUCUGGCUGACUGUGAGAAGGAAGUUGGCUCUCCUGUGAGUGAAGGGGAAGAGUUUUCCGGCCCAGCCACCAACACAUGUGGGGCUAAGAACUUACCAUCCUUGGGAGACAACGAGAUGCUCAUAGGGAAAUCAGACAAGUCGACCUACAACGUCAACCACCCAAACUACGGCACCGUGGACAUGACCACAGGCAUAGAAGCUGAUGAAACUGAAAACGUUUAUCUCAUCAAGUUAAAGAAGCUGAUUGGGCCCCGUUACUACACCAUGAGGAUCCGGCUGGGCCUUCCAGGCAAAAUGGACCGGCCCACAGCAGCUACAGGGCACACGGUGACCAUCUGCGUGCUUCUGCUCUUCAUCCUCAUGUUCAUCUUCUGCUCCUUCAUCAUCUUUGGUUCCGACUACAUCUCAAAGCAGAGCUGGUGGGCCAUCCUUCUGGUCAUUCUGAUGGUGCUGCUGAUCAGCAUCCUGGUGUUUGUGAUCCUGCAGCAGCCAGAGAACCCCAAGAAGCUGCCCUAUAUGGCUCCCUGUCUCCCCUUUGUGCCUGCCUUUGCCAUGCUGGUGAACAUCUAUCUCAUGCUAAAGCUCUCCACCAUCACAUGGAUCCGGUUUGCGGUCUGGUGCUUUGUGGGUAUGCUCAUUUAUUUUGGGUACGGCAUCUGGAACAGCACCCUGGAAAUCAGCGCCCGAGAAGAAGCCCUGCACCAAAGCACGUACCAGCGUUAUGACGUGGACGACCCCUUCUCGGUGGAAGAAGGUUUCUCCUAUGCCACAGAGGGCGAGAGCCAGGAGAACUGGGGCGGGCCUGCCGAAGACAAAGGCUUCUAUUACCAGCAGAUGUCAGAUGCACAGGCAAACACCCAGACGAGCAGCAAGGCGAAGAGCAAAAGCAAACACAAACAGAACUCAGAGGCCCUGAUUGCCAAUGAUGAGUUAGAUUACUCUCCAGAGUAG